CGGUGCUUGUACACGCCGGCUGGCGGAUUGUAGGUCGCUGCUCUGCUCUGCUCAUUUGGGAAGAUGUUGGGCUCAGUGGGAGCCUGGAAAUAUUCUUUGAUUGUCCAGCGCUCCCGGUCGCAGGCGAGCGGUCUAGCACUGAAUUCACUGCACGUUUGCGUGCCGGAGGAGGAGGGGAAUUAACGCCCGCACACCUGAGCCCGUAUCCACGCUGCUGCACCCCGUGUGAAGUGGAUCCGUGCCCACUCCCGUUCCGCCUGGGUGCUUGCUCGGGCCGCUGCUACACAAGCCGAGAGGUUGACGGAGCCAUGUACCUUCUGGACAACGAGCCCUACCCGGAGAUGAUGAAGAGGGGCACUCCUCAGAGGAAGACCGUCUACCGCAUCUCACUCACCCUGGUCAAGCGGGAGGCCACCUCGGCCGAGAGCGGCAGCAGAGCUCCCCCUUUCCCCCGGCACCAGGGGGCUUCGGAGGCCGGACGGGCUCAGCGGCCAGGGAGCCCGAGUCCAGCCGAGGGCAGCGAAGCCGAGGACGAAUUUGAGAUGCAGGGCAGUCUCCGGAGUUUUCGGACCUUCAGCACCGGACACCUGGAACUGGGCAGGCUGAAGGUGGCCAGGAAGUCCCGCGAUCAGACCUGCAAACUCAAGAGCACCCCAAGCAAAGAGCUGGUCACCUUGAGGCGGAGGGAUGGGGCAUCAACCAGACCGAGCAGCAUGCUGGCCACUGUGGACGUUGAGUCGAAGAACAAGAGAAAUUGGACCGAGCGCUUGGGAUCAGCAGCUGAACCCAAAGAUCAGGUUUGUGGGAGGAAGAGCCCCAGCCUGGGAAAGGACUUCCCAGAUGAUAGGAGUUGCCCUGAAGCAAGUGGACAAGGAGAUCUGGCCAACGCCAUUCGCGGCCAGGAGUUCUCGUCACCUUCGGAGUCCAACGAGGCAGAGGCGCCUUGUCCCAGGAAAUCGCCAAACGAAGACGGGAGAUCUGCUUUGAGGAAAACAGAGGCAACCACGAAAAAGAAUGAUUCACCGAAGAGCCCCUUAAAGGACGAGGAGUCCAUAGCGAUGCCUUCUGAGUCUGAUUUUUCCAAACAACUAAUUUCGAAGAGUGUAUUAUCAGUAGCCCCUGCAAGAGACUCAUCCUUGGCUGCUGAUUCUUCUUGCGUAGAUGCUAUUAAACAGCCCCCCUCGUUAUAUUUAGCAACGGACAAAAGGCAUCCAAGUUUACUCAGAAGAAGCUUUAGCUUCAGUUUCAGACACUGGAAUGGAGAGGUGGUGAGAUUUAAAGCGUUAUCAAAAGAGAAACAUCAUGGCAGCUCCAGCUGUCUCGCUCGAGUGGAAGCUGGGAGUGAAUUAAAAAUCCAAAAGCCUAAUUGUGGGGAAUCUUCAACGAAUGAGAAGCGGAAUACAUUGGAUGUCGGAGAAGUCCUAAACAAAACGGAUUCGCUUUCUGAGCAAGAGCGGUGGGAUCGGGGUAAACGGAAGAACAGGACUUUAGACAAUAGUGACAUUCAUAAGCUUUCUGAAAACCGGGAAAUGGGGAAGGACUGUUUUAUAACAGGUGGUGCGAGAUCCAGUUCCCAAGAGCACAAACUCUUCAGGUUUUUCAGCGGCAUUUUCUCAAAACGCGAUGGCACUUCAACACCUGUUACAAGUCCAUAUGGAAAGUCACACAGAGAUUUUAUUUCAAAAUCCAACGAACAUGCUAGUGUCCAGAAGAAGAGUGGAUCAAACCUUGAGCAGUCCAGCAGUGAGAGUAUUGAUGAAAAUACUGCUCAGAACGAUGCUUUUGUGAACAGCCAAGAGUGGACACUUAGCCAAUCUGUGCCAGAACUCAAAGUGGGGAUCGUGGGUAAUUUAGCCAGUGGCAAGUCAGCCUUGGUCCAUCGCUACUUGACAGGAACCUAUGUGCAGGAGGAAUCACCUGAAGACAUGGAUGCAGGCGGUCGCUUUAAGAAGGAGAUUGUGGUGGACGGCCAGAGCUACCUGCUGCUGAUCAGAGAUGAAGGGGGCCCUCCAGAGGCACAGUUUGCAAUGUGGGUGGAUGCCGUUAUAUUUGUCUUCAGUUUGGAGGAUGAGAACAGCUUCAACGCAGUCUACUACUACUACACCAGGAUGGCUAAUUAUCGGAGCACUGCAGAGAUCCCAAUGGUGCUGGUUGGAACACAGGAUGCCAUCAGUACAUCCAAUCCACGGGUAAUCGAUGAUUCCAGGGCGCGUAAACUCUCUAAUGAUCUGAAGCGAUGCACUUACUAUGAAACGUGUGCCACGUAUGGCCUGAAUGUGGAGCGCGUUUUUCAGGACGUUUCCCAAAAAAUAGUAGCUACACGGAAGAAGCAGCAACUCUCCAUUGGACCCUGCAAAUCUUUGCCCAAUUCUCCAAGCCACUCUUCCGUCUGCUCUGCACAAGUCUCCGCUGUUCACGUCAGUCAGACAAGUAACGGUGGAGGGAGUUUAAGCGAUUACUCCUCUUCUGUCCCUUCCACACCUAGCACAAGCCAAAAGGAGCUACGAAUCGACAUCCCUCAGACAUCAAACACACCAACUCCAGUUCGAAAACAGUCCAAACGUCGUUCUAAUAUUUUUGCUUCUCGAAAAGGAAGUGAUCUAGACAAAGAGAAGAAAAGUCUGGACACCAGGGCAGACAGUAUUGGAAGUGGCAGAGCAAUUCCAAUUAAACAGGGAAUGCUACUUAAAAGGAGCGGGAAGUCAUUAAACAAAGAGUGGAAGAAGAAGUACGUCACACUGUGCGAUAAUGGUCUCUUGACAUAUCAUCCUAGUUUGCAUGAUUACAUGCAAAAUGUCCACGGGAAGGAAAUAGAUCUUCUUCGGACUACAGUCAAAGUCCCUGGAAAGCGACCGCCUCGCGCCACCUCAGCCUGCGCACCCAUCUCCAGUCCAAAGGCGAAUGGUUUGCCCAAAGAUCUGAGUAGUUUGCAUAUUUCACAGAAUGCAGGUAAUGUAACCCCCACAGGCUCAGCUACACAGAUGGCAAGUGGGAUCAGUCUGGUUUCCUUCAACAGUCGUCCCGAGGGCAUGCACCAGCGCUCUUACUCUGUGUCCAGCGCUGAUCAAUGGAGUGAAGCCACAGUCAUCGCCAACUCUGGGAUCAGUAGUGAUGCUGGCCUGGGAGAUUCUGUAUGUUCAAGCCCCAGUAUAUCAAGCACCACCAGCCCAAAGCUUGAGCCCCCGCCUUCACCCCACGCCAACAGGAAAAAGCAUCGCAGGAAGAAGAGCACCAGUAACUUCAAAGCUGAUGGCAUCACAGGCACAGCAGAAGCCAAGCGUAAAGCCUGGAAACUAAACCGUGUAGGUAGCUUGCGAAAUAUAUACAGCAGCAGCAGCACAAGCACCAACACAGAAGAGCAAGAAGAGAAUUUUGAAUUCAUAAUUGUCUCACUCACGGGGCAGACGUGGCACUUCGAAUCCGCUUCUUACGAGGAGAGGGACGCGUGGGUCCAAGCAAUUGAAAGUCAGAUUUUGGCCAGUUUACAGUCGUGCGAGAGCAGCAAGAACAAGUCACGAUUAACGAGCCAGAAUGAAGCCAUUGCCCUUCAGUCAAUCAGAAACAUUCGGGGCAACUCUCAUUGCGUGGACUGUGAAGCACAAAAUCCGGACUGGGCCAGUUUGAACCUUGGAGCCCUCAUUUGCAUUGAAUGCUCAGGUAUCCACCGCAAUCUCGGCACCCACCUGUCACGUGUCCGCUCUCUCGAUCUUGACGAUUGGCCCGUAGAACUGAUCCGAGUGAUGUCGUCUAUUGGGAAUGAAAUGGCUAAUGGCAUCUGGGAAGGAAGCGCUCAGGGACGCACCAAACCCUCGCCGGAUUCCACAAGGGAGGAGAAGGAGCGUUGGAUCCGCGCAAAGUACGAGCAGAAACUCUUCCUCUCCCCGCCACCCUGCUCCAAUGUCCCCCUGGGUCAGCAGCUGCUGCGUGCCACGGCAGAGGAGAACCUAUGGACCGUCAUCCUGCUCCUGGCCCACGGUUCCAAGGACGAAGUAAACGAGACGUAUGGAGAGGGAGACGGGCGCACAGCCUUGCACUUGGCCUGCAGGAAGGGCAACGUGGUCCUGACCCAAUUACUGAUCUGGUAUGGAGUAGAUGUCACAGCGCGAGAUGUUCACGGAAACACUCCACUGGCUUACGCCAAGCAGGCAAUGAGUCAGGAGUGCAGUGACAUCCUUCUCCAGUACGGCUGCCCAGACGAACACUUCAUUCUGCUGGUGACUCCCAACCUAUCCCGCAAGACCAGCAACCGAAACAACAACAACAACAACAACAACAACAACAACAAGGGCAGACUAAUGGAGUCAAAACUGCCCACUGUCAUUUGAGCAAGUGCUCGUUGGAUUGUUGAAGCAUAUAGAGAGCAGUGCUGAAACUCUCCCUUUACAGCCUCACAUCUGUGAAACCUCAUUCCACUCCUGAUUAAGUUCUUGGAGGAACGCAAACGCGCGAAAGGCUGAAGAUAAUGUGGUUUGAAGGAGGAGGUGGUUUGGGCACGGAGAAGAGACAAGCAGCCGUGAACAGCUCAUUACACAAACGAUGUGAGACCCUGGCAGUUGAAAAACAAGUUUCAGCAGCAUCAGGAAUUGCCUGGUUAAAGGGCAACUGGUGGAGCUACGACCUGUCUUAAAAACUUCCGGGUCAAGGGGGCAGACUUGUGGAAGUGGAGAAGGGAAAUUGGAACUUCGGGCAUUGACAAUUAAUUGUCAGUACAUUUCACCUCUACCAAAACAGGUUGAUUCAGCUCUUCUACGAAGGGCCCUCGCUGACAUAAAUCAGGUGAGAGCACAGAGUUUGUCAGGUUUGAAGCUCCUAUGAUGGUAUGUGUCAAAUCAGUUGUGGCUAAUCUGUCCAGGGAGAAUACUGGCUUCAUUACACUUGUAUAGUUGAGUUCUUCCAGCAUUACUACUGUUUAGUAGAACAUGAUUAGUCAUCAUGGAGGAAAGCAUAUUAGCUGAGGAGGUAGUUACAUGGCACGGUUCAAUGACUGCUUGGAUGUGAUUGCAAUGUUCGCAGAAGCAGCACAUUAUCUCAGUCAUGCUCUUUCUAGUCCUCUGAGUCCUCCUUCCUAAAUUCACUGUCAUAAUUUAGUGUCUAUUUAAUUUUUAGUCCUCUUCCUAGUCAAAGAAAGGCAAUGGGGUUCUGCCUCUCCCCUCUCCCCGAUUCGAUCUGUUUAGUAAACGGAGAUUGGUAGUUGCGAAGAGCCCGGUGCUGUGCUGGAAGCAGAACCAUAUCCUGAUUAAAAGGCUGGAGGCAUUGUAUAGUGUGCUCGUUUGGAAAAAAGGGAAUUGAUCAGUGUUAGCUUCAUCUCUCAGUCGCAAGCUCACUGCCCUUCUGACCUGUGCUGUCAUUGGUAGCUUUUUAAAAAAUGGAUAGAUGGGCCGCCUUGUUCAGUGAGGUAUUUCCAAAAUGUUUCUCUGUCCUGUUUGUAAAUAUAAUGUAAACUUUAAUGCUAUAGUAUUUAUAUGUUGUACAUAAUAUUGAUCAUUCCAUUGAGAUUUUAGGCUUUGUUUCUGGAGCAGAAAGGGGAAGGGGAUUACUUGAAACUCGGAUCUGAUUUAUGUACAUCGGCUGCUCUAAAAUGGCCGCUCUUGUCCAUGAGCCACACGAUUGGCUGUGUGCCUUUUUUUGGGGAUGGGGGGGGGUUUGGUCCAUAAAUGGGAGUAACCUGUGAGAGAGAUUUCGGCUAGUGAUGUACAAUUUAAACUCUACUUACAGUUAUACUCCAGCAUCAUCCAAAUAGAAUGCUUUUGUUCCAAUUUAUCACGUUAGUUCUCUGCCUAUUGAAUUGUUGUGUUUAAUCAGAAGACCUCCUGCAGAUGCAGGUUUCUUUUUAAUCAUUACUGAGGGGAAACAGCAGGCUACUCACGUACAUUCCCACGACAUACUCAGGCUUGUGAGUUCACUGUUUUGUGUAGGCCAACGUCGCUUUUUCAGUGCUCUAUUCCUUACCAGCGGUGUGAGGCAGAGAAAUUAUGUGCAUGACUUCUGGGUUCCACGUAAGGUGAAAUCCCCAUUCCGACACACCAGGACAAACGCCAUGGUGCCUGACUGCUGACAAUCCAGAACUGCGCAAUGGCUGUACUUUGAUUCCCAUCUUCAUUUCCCUUUUCAGUCAUUCCCCAACACCCUCCCCUCUCACUCCAUUCUCGAUUCCUCUCACCUAAUAGGCAGAAUAGAUUUCUACAGACUGAGGACAUCAUUGUCCUGACAUUUAAUCCGCUAAUGUUGAGCAUCUUGGUUUAUACACACAUUGCUGUCCCCUCCUUUUCACAGAGGGAGAGUGAGAGAGAGGCUGUAGGAGACAUUGCUGGGGUAUCGCCUGCCUUUUCCCAACAUCACUCCAAAGAGGGGUCUGGCAAGAGCUGUAUGUGUCUGUAUAUUUUCAAACCACACUGUAUUGCAGGGUAUUGCCAGUGGAGUUUUACAGAAAGGAAAGAUAGUGGGGAAACUUGUGAUAGAUUUCUGGCAGUAAAAUUUUCACCAUCCACCCAUCCCAAGGAAUACAAUUAAAAUACUCAAUCCAUAUUAACCUAAAGGUCAACCAGACCAUUUUGGGUGAUUCUUAGCCCUCCAGAAAAUACCAAUGCACAGGAACACAGCAGACACACAUUUGUGGACAUAAGUGAACGCACUCCACAUAUACUUAGUGAACAGCGUGUGAGGUUUUUGGUACCCCAGUGCCUUGGUGUAUAUUUACAUCCAGUUCUCCUUGAUGCCAAAUCUGCACUUUUAUGUUAAAGCUGACAGCCUAAGUUUAUUGGGUAUAACAAUACGAACAAGGGAAUUAGUUUUUCUCUAACUCACUUUUUUUUUCAAGUGCUAGUACUCUGGGAUAAGCAACACCUCACUUCUGUGUCAUAAAUCCAAAGCAUUGAUGAGUUCUGAACCCUUGCUCACACCCCACACCCCACACCCGAAACGUCACCUAUUCCUUUUCUCCAGAGAUGCUGCCUGACCCGCUGAGUUACUCCGGCUUUUUGUGUCUAUCUUCCACAUUGUAAGUUAUUGCUUCAACACUCCUUCAUGUCCAGCCGCAUUGUUUGAAAACCAUUUAUAUCACGGGUGGCAUCAGCUGUGUGUGAGAGGCCACCCAGUCACUGGGUGUUCAGGAUAGCAGCAAACUCAAUGUCCCUCUGGAUCACAUUGGAAGCCUGCUCCAUCUUGGCGAGCAUCCCUCUUUGACUCACAUUGGGCCAACCUCCUUCACUCUUUUUUCCCCCUGAAACAAUCUGCCCCACCCACUAUCAUUGGACCAACAGUCCAUAAACGUAACACAACCACACAAACCAAGUCAUCAAUCCAGCACAACCUCAAGACCUCCAUCAUAAAACAUCUCAAAAGGGAAGCAGUAUGUCAAAGCAAUAUACUUCCCAGUGGUCCUUGGUAAUGGAAUCAUUUCCGCACGUUAACAACAUUUUUGGAUUGCGAUUUUAGAGUCGUGAGGUGUACAUUCUCGGGAUGUUGUUUUUAUAAUGUCUGAGCUUCUGGUUUAUUUAGGGAUUUCAGCCCUAAAGAGUGCCAAGCUGAAAUAUAAAUGUAUCUGUAAUCAUGCUUGAUAAACUCCGCCAGAGUUUACUCCACCUGGGAUCUGUUUAUCUGCUGUUACACUAAUCUGGGAUGUAUCUGUAAGGAGCUGUCAGUUAUUUCUCAGUGUAAAUAAGUACAACAUGGACACUAUCAGAAUGAAUGAUUUUGUUUAAUAUUACCUCAUUUUGGCAGUUCAUGGUUUGCAAUGACUAGAUGCUUUAUUUAUAUGUUUGUAAUAAUAAACGCUGUGUGACGUUGCCUGUAUUUUGCCGGUGGAGUUUAUUAGGCUGAGUUAUGAUUGACCACACCAGUAUGUAUUAUGAUUUUGUAGGUCAGCUGUACAGUACUCUGUUAAAGACUGUAAAGUAAUGCAAGGAGACUAAACUCUGUAAUUGUAAAAUGUCUCUUUUCAAUAAAUAAAAUUCUCUUGAUACAUUGCUUUCAGAA